AACUUACUUGACUUCUGCAGCCGACUUCAGAUGACUUGCUUGUUUGCUGCGCGUUGCUUAUAAACAAGUUUUAUAUAUUAUAAUAAUCAAAGUAUAUUAUUAAAAAAAAAUUUUAUUUAAAAUAUAAAAGAAGAAUUAAUCAACAAAACUGAGUCAUCAUCAGGAAUGUCAUACCCAAUAAUUAAUUGAUUAGGGAUCUAUGUACGGGACAAUGGGAGACAACCAGGUCCAGCCAGAAGUGAGACAGUGGUUCGAAGCCGUCGACAGGGACCACAGUGGAAAAAUCUCAGCAGCAGAAUUGAAAGCAGCGCUGGCUAAUGGCCGAGGCGGAACGUUCUCUGAUACCGCUUGUAAUUUAAUGAUUGGAAUGUUUGACAAAGAAAAAACAGGAACAAUCGACUUGAACGAGUUCCAAGCUCUCUACACCUACAUAAACGCCUGGCUAGGUGUUUUCAAGGGGUACGACCGCGACAACUCCGGCAGCAUCCAGGAGAACGAGCUGUCAGCUGCGCUCACCCAGAUGGGGUACAGGUUCUCGCCAGAAUUUAUCCAGUAUUUAAUAAAAAAGAGCGACUUUAAUGACCACUCCAGCAUUACAGUCGACCAGUUUAUUGUUUUGUGCGUGCAAAUCCAAAAAUUUACCGAAGCGUUCCGGGCAAAGGACAUUGACCAGACUGGAGUCAUAACAAUUGGAUUUGAAGAUUUCUUAAAUGUUGCGUUAAGUUGCAACAUUUAAUUUUAUGCUUUAAAAUUUUUUAUACUAUUUUUCCUCACUUUUAUCAUCAUUAUUAUUAUUAUUAUUGUUGCUGUCGUCGCCUAUUGCUUCUGGCACAGCCUCGAGCUUCUUCUCAGAGGGUUCUAAUAAAUUAUUUUAUUUUAGUA